AUGGCCUACCCAACGGCUUUUGACAUCCUCUUCAAACGAGAUAGUCUUCUCAAUCCCGACAAUGAUCCCAAUAUUGGUUCCUCACGGGGUAACGCGUCCUCGACGACGUCGGAUGCGAUGUCAGAUCUUGGGCUUGGCGGAAGCUCGACAUCCCUUUCUGCAUUGUUGACCACGCUGAUACCAGCAUUAAUAAUCGCGGCGUUUUGGUUCGGCCUGUUCUUGAUCUGCCGGCGAACCCAACUACGGUGGUACGCACCGAGAACUCACCUGCCAUGCUGGCACCAGCAUGAGCGCGCCCCGCAGUUACCAUCGGGGUUUGUCAAUUGGUUCGGCCAGUUCCUGAAAAUAUCCGAUGCUCAGGUACUUCGUCACUCCUCCAUGGACGGGUAUCUCUUUCUUCGAUUCUUGAGGGUGCUCGCUGCCACAUGCUUUACAGGCUGCGUCAUAACCUGGCCUAUCCUGCUUCCUAUCCAUGCCACUGGUGGUGCAGGAAAUACUCAAUUAGACGCCCUGAGUUUCAGCAAUGUCGAAAACCCGCGCCGUUACUAUGCCCAUGCGGUCAUUGCAAUCGUGUAUUUUACCUUUGUAUUUUUUGUGGUGACCCGUGAAAGUAUUUUCUAUGCGAAUCUACGCCAGGCCUAUUUCAACUCGCCGGCCUAUGCGGAACGAAUUUCUUCCAGGACUGUCUUAUUUAUGUCAGUACCGGACGAGUACAAGAAUGAGAAAACACUACGACAAGUCUUCGGAGAUAACAUUCGGCGGAUUUGGAUCACGUCCGAAUGCAAGGAGCUGGACAAGAAGGUUCAACAGAGAGCAAAGCUGGCCUUCAAAUUGGAGAAUGCCGAGACAAAAUUGAUUCGGGCGGCAAAUAAGACAAGGCUGAAGGCAAUCAAGAAAGGCAAUAUUCCUUCGAAGCCGUGUCUGGAUUCAGAUAGCUGUGAGGAAUGCCAAUCGAACACCUCUACGUCGUAUCAUGGAAUUCGGAGACCGACUCAUCGGCUCAAGUUCUUCGGCAGAAAGGUCGAUACAAUCCGCUGGCUACGCGCUGAGCUGGCGAAGGUUAUCGAGGAAAUCCAAAUUAUGCAGAAAAAGUACAGAAAUGGAGAGAUGAAGAAUCUUUCCGCUGUCUUCAUCGAGUUCAGUACCCAAAAGGAUGCGCAGGUUGCUCUGCAGACUGUGUCCCACCAUCAGCCGCUCCAUAUGACUCCCAGAUACAUUGGGAUCUCACCAAAUGAGGUUGUCUGGUCUGCCUUAAAUCUGAGUUGGUGGCAGCGGAUCGCGCGUCGAUUUCUGGUUCAAGGCGGCCUUGCUGCUCUCGUUAUCUUCUGGUCUAUUCCAUCCGCUAUGGUUGGAACGAUCUCGAAUAUCACCUACCUCACCAGCAUGAUUCCAUUCCUGGGUUUCAUCGACAAGCUUCCUUCCGUCAUCUUAGGUCUUAUCUCUGGGCUUCUGCCUUCCGCUGCCCUCGCUAUGUUGAUGUCUUUGGUUCCGAUUAUUUGUCGAGCUUGCGCUAGAUGCUCCGGUAUACCGUCAACAGCUCGCGUUGAGCUUUUCACCCAGAGUGCACACUUUUGUUUCCAGGUUGUGCAAGUGUUUCUUGUCACUACUCUGACUUCGGCAGCAUCAGCUGCGACUGCUCAAAUCAUCAAAAACCCUCUAUCAGCCAAGGAUCUCUUAGCCGAGAACUUGCCGAAAGCGACCAACUUCUACAUCUCAUACUUUCUCCUGCAGGGGCUGACCAUGAGCUCCAUGGCGGUUGUGCAGGUUGCUGGAGCUGUUGUCUUUAAAUUCAUUACGACCUUUUUUGACCGUACCCCACGACGACUAUACCAGAGAUGGGCUGCCCUCAGUGGUGUCGGUUGGGGCAAUGUCUUCCCUGUCUUCACCAACAUGGGGGUUAUUGCGAUUACAUAUUCGUGCAUUGCCCCUCUGAUCCUGGGAUUCGCAUUCGUUGGCCUUUACCUUGUGUACCAAGCAUACCGAUACAACUUCUUGUUUGUGUACGAUCUUCGCAUCGAUACCAAAGGCCUCGUCUACCCGCGUGCACUCCAGCAUCUCUUGACAGGCCUUUAUCUCGCCGACAUCUGCCUAAUUGGCCUCUUCGCCAUCAAAGGCGCCGUCGGCCCACUUAUCAUCAUGGCCCUUUUCCUGAUUUUGACCAUCCUAGCUCAUAUAUCCCUCAACGAUGCCUUAGAGCCUCUGUACUCCUUUCUUCCGAGCAACCUCGACGUCGAGGAAGAGUUUCAGCAAGCGAAAGCGGAGGCUGACGCCCUCAACCCGCGCCUGGUCGGCAAAUGGGAGGCAGCCUGGAAAUGGUUCCACCCGAACCUAUACAGGGACUACGCGGCGCUGCGCGGAAAAGUUCCUCGCGACCACGUGGAAAUCAGAUACACCGAAGAGGAAAGAAACAACGCCUACUACGAGCCGUGCAUCUCAGAGCGGACCCCGACCAUUUGGAUCCCACGGGAUAAAUGGGGUUUCAGUCAGCAGGAGGUGCUCGACACCGAUCCUUGCAUCCCAAUUACAGAUGAGGGAGCUCAUCUGAACGAAAAGAACCGAAUCGUCUGGGACAAGUAUGAUCCCAAGCUGCCUCUAUGGGAGCUGAAGAUUCUGUACUAA